UAUUGGUGAAGAAGGUUGAAUACCCUGCCAAGUGGUCUGAAGGUUCUGUUAAGAUCUGCAGAGUUAAGACACUGCCGGAUUAUUUCCCUGAAGACUCCUCAAAUCCAGAGCUGACGUCUGGGCUCUGUUACCACCUUGAAUUAAAGAAAGCCCCACCCCUCCUUUACCUCCUAACCUACCUACCACUUGCGUACUCUCAUCAGAGGGCGAGUGCAGCCAUGUGCUCACACCGCUGAGGGGAACACCUUUCAAGCCUUUACAAAAAACACUUCGAAACAACACUUCUGCCCAUGUUUUAGGAGUCUGAUUUCAUUCGGGGACAGCAUUGAGGAUGGAUCUGUCAGAGGAGCCCUGCUCUGGGUGAUGGAGCCAUUAGGAUUCUCCUGCUAAAGAAAACAUCUUGGACCCAAGAAUGACAGCCCAGGUGCCGGAGAGAGACCGGUCCCCCCACAUCCUGUCAGUGAACACCACCUUGGAGGAAGAGAUUGAGAGGGCUGAAAGUAAACUUAGCAGGGUGCCAUCUGUCUGGGAUGACACAUCUUCAGAGCUACAAAGAGUUGCUACUCUCGAACCUGAUGGACGCAAUUCAAGGAAUUCUUUCCAAAGGAAUGGGGCCAUUUCAAGACUGGUGAAACUGGUGGUGAGGCUGAGGGAAUGGGCACACCGGAGUCUGCUGGAGGAGGAGGAGCGGCCAGACUCGUUCCUGGAGCGCUUUCGUGGCCCUGAGCUGAUAACAGCCCCCAGUCGCAACAGCACAACCCAGCAAGAUGCCAAUGGCAACAAUGCCAAGGGAAUCCUAAGGAAGAGGUGGGAAUUGAUCGUUGUGUCGCCAUCUGAUGAUGCGUACUACCGCUGGCUGUUUGUUAUUGCUAUUGCAGUGCUCUACAAUUGGUUCCUUGUUGUUGCAAGGGCAUGCUUUGACCAACUGCAGGAGAGCUAUUACAUCUGGUGGCUGGUGCUGGACUACUUCUCUGAUACUAUCUACAUACUAGACAGUUUUGUGCGUCUGCGGACAGGUUUUCUGGAAGAAGGCCUCCUGAUGAAGGACCACACCAGGCUAAGAGACAGCUACAUCCGAACAUUACAGUUCAAGUUGGAUGUGGUGUCAAUCCUGCCCACUGACCUGGUGUACAUUUAUACUGGCAUACACACUCCACAGCUCCGGUUCAAUCGCCUGCUGCGCUUUCCCCGCAUGUUUGAAUUCUUUGACCGGACAGAAACACGUUCCAACUACCCCAACAUCUUCCGGAUCUGCAACCUGGUGCUCUACAUCCUGGUCAUCAUUCACUGGAACGCCUGCAUCUACUACGCUAUAUCAAAAUCUUUGGGGUUUGGCUCAGACACGUGGGUGUUACCAAACAUCUCCAUUCCUGAGUUCUCCUCCUUAACAGAACGUUAUGUCUAUUGUUUCUAUUGGUCAACCCUCACUCUUACCACCAUUGGAGAUAUGCCUUCACCUGUGAAAGAUGAGGAGUAUGUGUUUGUGGUCUUUAACUCCCUUGUAGGAGUGCUGAUUUUUGCAACAAUUGUGGGUAACGUGGGCUCUAUGAUAGCCAACAUGAAUGCCACCCGGGCCGAGUUUCAGGCUCGAAUCGAUGCUAUCAAACACUACAUGCACUUCCGCAAGGUCAGCAGAGAACUGGAGACGCGCGUCAUCAAAUGGUUUGACUACCUGUGGACCAACAAAAAAGCUGUAGAUGAGCAAGAAGUGCUGAAGAACCUGCCCAACAAACUCCGGGCUGAGAUUGCUAUCAAUGUACACCUUGAGACCCUGAAGAAAGUACGCAUUUUUCAAGACUGUGAGGCCGGACUGCUUGUGGAGCUUGUGCUCAAACUACGCCCGCAGGUUUUUAGUCCAGGUGACUACAUCUGCAGGAAAGGAGACAUUGGUAAGGAGAUGUAUAUCAUCAAGGAGGGGAAACUGGCAGUAGUGGCUGAUGAUGGGGUCACACAGUAUGCUCUCCUCACUGCUGGAAGCUGCUUUGGUGAGAUCAGCAUUUUGAACAUAAGAGGUAGUAAAAUGGGGAAUCGCCGGACAGCCAACAUCCGAAGCUUGGGAUACUCUGACCUCUUCUGCCUUUCUAAGGAUGACUUAAUGGAGGCAGUGACCGAGUAUCCGGAUGCUAAGACAGUGCUAGUAGACAGGGGUAGGGAGAUCCUUAAGAAGGAGGGGCUUCUUGAUGAGAAUGCAGAGAGUGGUGGGCUACAGAAGGAGGACACAGAAGAGAAGGUGGAGAGACUGGAGUCCUCCCUGGACACCCUACAGACUCGCUUUUCCCGUCUGCUGACUGAAUACAUAGACACUCAGCAGCGGCUAAAGCAGCGUAUCACUCUGCUGGAAAGGCAGCUCAACCAAACUGACUGCGGUGCCGAAGCAAACGGUCACUCGAAUGCCAGCAUACAAACUGCCAGCAGACGUUAUGGUGGUACUAUUGGGUCACCACAUCAAAGCGAUGUUCAAACCCCAGACAGUAACAGAAGAACAUUACAAUGUUGACAGUUUCAACAUCACGCUUCAGCCAUUCGAUCAUCCAUUUACUGUACCUGCUUAAUCUUUACAGAGUCGCAGGUGGGGGCUGGUACCAGUCUACAGAGGUCAAUGGCAGAUCACCUGUCCAUCACAGGGCAGCAUAGAGACAUAUCUGACAAACAACCAUGCAUGUAAACACGUAAGAGCGAUUUAGAGUGGCCGGUUAAUGUCACAUCCAAGUUGCCGGAAAAUCUUUACACUGUCACAGUUUUUUUUUUGUUUUUUUUCAAUUUAUAGUGUAAAGGAAAAGGUGCAUUUCAAUAGACAUGGAAACAAAAUACAGAUAACUUUGAGUUACUAUACAAAUCAGCAGCCACAUGCUGAAUGUGCAACGCUGGAUGUUACGUUUCAACCAUGAUCAAGCUCAAUAAUUGUUACAGAAUAUAUUUCAUCAAUGCAGAGAAAAGAACACACUACAAUAACCAAAAAACCCACAAAUAAGGUUUGGACUUGGCUUAAAUAAAGAGACUAACGUUAGAUUACAAGGUGCUCUGGGAUCCGUCUUCGGAUCACCUGGGAAUGUUGUGUUUGUUUGCAUCAACAGAGACACUCAGUUCCCAUCAAUUAUGCUCUGGAGAGUACUGUUCAAAUGAACUCCUGCUGCUACUCAAGGGAACUAAAGGUCUAAGGAGAUUUUGUGCAUGGUAACUCGUUGUCACACACAAACAAUUUGUUUCCAGUGCUCUCAUUUUCUAAGGUAAAGUAAGACUUCACAGCCUUCAACACAUUUUGUCAAGUUACAAUCACAAAAUGUAUUUUUAAAGGGAUUUUAUUUUUCGACAGACCAAAACAAAGGUUGUGAAGAGGAAGGAAAAUAUUUGCAAAGAAAAAUCUAAAAAGCAUUGUGCAUUUGUAUUUAGCCCCCCUUUACUCUGAUACCCCUAAAUAAAAUCUAGUGCCGUCAGAAGUCACCUAACCAGUGAAUAGAGUCCAGUUGUGUGGACUAACCCUUUCCAUGGUGAAACAUAGUAGGAAAAGGAUCAUGCUGUAGGGAUGCCCAUCUUUAGCAGGAACAGGGAGAUUGGUCACAGUAGAUUGGAAAGUGGAUGAAGCAAAUGAAAUGGGAAUACUGGUUGAAAAACUGUCUUGUAUGUACCAAAAGACUUUGGACUGGUGGGAGAUUCACGUUUCAGAGAACAACAACUCUAAACGUACAGUCGGAUCUACAAUGAAACGGUUUAAAUCCAAGCAGAUUCUUGUACUGGGAAAGCAGUUGUACUUGUAGAGAAAGCUGGUUCUACAACAUAUUAACUCAGGGUCACUGAAUUCGAAUAUAUGUCAUAUAAAUUAAAAAACAUUUUUUAUUUCCACUUGACAGAUAUGCACCACUGGUCUAUCACACAGAAUUCAAAUCAAACUCAUUUAAGUUUGUGGUUGUGAUGUAACUUGUAAAAAAAGGUUUCUGACUUCUUUUGCAAGGCAAUGUAAAUCUGUAUCAGUGCUGAUUAACAAAUGUUUUGGCUGUUUACUGUUGCAUUUACAAAGUUUGUGCCAUGAAAAACGGUUUUUCUGAAAA